AUGGCUCGUGUAUAUGCAAGCGUCAACGCCACCCUGGGGAAGGGGUGGUAUGAUUACGAUAAUUCCACGAUUGAGUGGUCGCCGCCCGACCGGUAUGAGAUUGUGAGACGGAUGGGUGGUGGAAAGUACUCAGAGGUCUUCGAGGGCAUCGAUACAGCAAACAACGACGUCUGUGUCAUCAAGGUGCUCAAACCCGUUGCGAAGACAAAAGUGAAGCGGGAAAUCAAAGUGCUCAGGAACCUCUCUGGUGGCCCGAACGUCGUGGGAUUGAUUGACGUCGUGCGGGACCCGUCGGGAAAAUACCACAGUUUGAUCAUGGAAUAUGUGGAGAACGUUGAUUGGAAGGUGCUCAUUGGACGCUUGGUAGAAGCGGACGUCAAGCUGUACAUGUUCCAAAUGCUCAAAGCCCUAGAUUUUGUACACUCGCAUGGAAUCAUGCAUCGGGACGUCAAGCCGGGGAACGUUAUGAUAGAUCACCUACAGCGCAAGCUGCGCCUCAUUGACUGGGGUCUUGCCGAAUUCUAUCAUCCUGGUACAGAUUACCAUAUCCGGGUCGGCUCACGCUACUAUAAAUCGCCCGAAUUGCUCGUGGGCUACCGCAAGUACGAUUACAGUCUCGACCUUUGGAGUCUGGGAUGUAUGUUUGCAUCGAUGACCUUCCGGAGAGAACAUUUCUGGCGUGGCUCAGACAACGGUGAUCAGCUGCUCAGGAUACUGAAGACACUUGGGACGGACAAGUUUGAUCUGUACCUCCAGAAGUAUGAUAUAAACUUUGAGACCGAGAAUGACGCACUAUUGGCGAGUUACACGAAACGGGGCUGGACGGAGUAUGUGACAAGCGAGACGCAGCACCUUGCGUCUGGGGAGGCAUUGGAUCUGUUGGAUAAACUACUACGAUAUGACCAUGCCGAACGCCUAACAGCGCAUGAGGCCCAGGCCCAUGUGUAUUUUAAUUCCGUAAGAUUGGAGGCUCUUUCGACCAAGGGUGAACAUGUCAGUGAUUCAGGCUUCUGUUCGACAUGA